GUUAGAAGUACGCAUUUCAUUUGGAUCUAAAAUUUUUGUUUCAAUUUAAUAAAGGAUCUCUCUCUCGCAGUCAGUCGCACGUCCUCUGCCCGAUCUCGACACUUCAUGACUACAAAGACGCAUUCAUUGUUUUCCCAAAGUGUUGCCCGUUGUCGUGGUCUUCGUUCUUUCUCUGAGCGGCCGCAGUUCACCUUGCUCGAACAGCGGGCUGGUCUUUUUCGACGUGCAACUCCCGGCUUUGUGAAGCCAGACGACACUCCCAUUCCGUGGAUAAUUUCUGGCUUCUCAUCGUCGAUUAAACUCAUGAAGCGUUCUGCGUCUUCCGCCGCCGGCGGGGAACGACGCGGUGAAGACGGUAGUAAGAAACCGCGGCCCAAUGAGAAGAAUGCGGAAGGCUCCUCAAAGACUGAACAUUCGACCUCGGAUAAGAGAACGGACAAAGUGGAAAAAGUCUUGCCCCGGAAAUUAACUGGAAAGCUUUCCGUCGUGCUUCUCCAGUUGCCCGUUGAGUCCACCGGGGCAGAUUACAAGGCGGUUAACGUGCGGAAUGCCUUGAAGGAGGUUCGUGAAGUCGUGGUUCAGAAGAGACUGGUAGAAAAAGCGCAGGAAGUUCUCAUCAUGCUGCCCGAAAUCUGGAAUGGUCCCUAUGCGGCAGACGCGUUCCCAAACUUUUGCGAGCCGAUUCCCGAGGUUGGCGAGGAAAUCACCGAGGCAACGAGGAGCCUGCACGAGUUGGCCUCUGUUUGCAGAACAUUCGCAUCGGAAGGUUCCAUUACACUGAUGGCCGGCUCUAUUCCGGAAAUCGACAAGCGCGGGCGCAUUUACAAUACCUCCGUGACUGUGUGCAACAACAGAAUCAUCUGCAAACACCGCAAAGUGCACCUUUUCGAUAUCGACAUUCCGGGGAAGAUUACUUUCAAAGAGUCCGAAACUCUCACAGCAGGUGACAGAGUGUCGAUCUUUGAUCGCAUCGUCGCGGCAGCUCCAGGCCCGAAAGAUAUGAUGGGUGUUGAGCGUAUCCGGUCUGACAAGAUCCGCUUCGGCGUCGGUAUAUGCUACGACAUCCGUUUCCCGGAGCUGUCCCUUUUGAUGCGCGCGGAACAUGGGGCGCACAUUCUGUGCUUCCCAGCGGCCUUCAAUACUACGACUGGGCCGAAGCACUGGAGCCUCUGUAUGCGAGCGCGCGCAAUCGACACGCAAUGCUUCGUUUUGGCCUGCAGCCCGGCACGAAAUACAACCGGUCAGGGAUACCAGGCGUACGGCCACUCAAUUGUGGUAUCACCAUGGGGGGAGAUCCUUGCCGAGCUCGACGAGAAGCCCGGGAAAAUUGAGCUGGAGCUUGAUCUGUCCGAAAUUUCAGAGGCGCGCGCCGGUAUUCCAAUCGGUAUGCAGCGACGGAAAGAAGUGUAUCGUCUUGUGGGAGCGCAGAGCCCCACACCGGAUGUGCCGCAACUUCCGGGGAAUUAGACACAGAAAAUGGCACAGAUACUACAGAAGUAGUUAAUGUACCUAUUUCCAGAAGGAAGCGUCCAUGAGCGUGAGUUAACAAGCACAAGCAUCCGAAUUCGAGAACAACAUAGAAAAAAAAACUCAUAUUUCGCAUACGCAUUGACUGUGCC